AUGUGGAUCGUCAACUGGUUCUACGACGUCCUGUCGUCUCUUGGCCUGCUCAACAAGCAUGCCAAGCUGCUCUUUCUUGGACUCGACAAUGCAGGCAAGACGACCUUGAUGCAUAUGCUUAAGAACGAUCGAGUUGCAAUCCUACAGCCAACCCUCCAUCCAACUUCGGAAGAACUGUCAAUAGGCAAUGUCAGGUUCACCACUUUCGACCUGGGAGGUCAUCAGCAAGCCCGCCGUCUCUGGAGGGACUACUUCCCCGAUGUGAACGGUAUCGUCUUCCUCGUCGAUGCCAAGGACCACGAGCGUUUGCCCGAGGCCAAGGCGGAGCUUGAUGCGCUCCUCUCGAUGCAGGAACUGUCUAGCGUGCCCUUCGUCAUCUUGGGCAACAAGAUCGACCACCCUGACGCCGUCUCCGAGGACGAGCUCCGGCACCAACUCGGCCUCUAUCAGACCACCGGCAAGGGGAAGGUUCCGCUGGAGGGCAUCAGGCCCGUCGAGCUUUUCAUGGUGUCCAUCGUGAUGAGGCAAGGAUAUGGCGAUGCGUUCCGAUGGCUCUCUCAAUACAUCUAA